UAUUCAGAUGCGCCCGAGGAGAUGAAGCCUUCGUCGAUUUUUCGUCGUGAAUCCUCGUUGAAGGCCGUCCGAAAUUGGUUAUGCACUUGCUCACAACCAUUGCUCAUCAUAGGACCGCCUUAUUGUGGAAAAACUUAUCUUUCAAAGCAGAUCCAGAACAGCGCCGACUGUGUCGCAUCACACUUCUGCCUUUCUGAAUCGGCUGACACAUCCGAAUCUGCCACUCUGCUUCGCUCAAUCGGUACCCAGCUCACGAAACGCUUUCCAAACUUGGUCCUGCCGAAACUCUCCACCCUGACUCUACUCGCCGACUAUGACAACGCCUUAGAGCAGUAUCUGACACUGCCGAUGGCUUCGUUACCUCAUCCAUCGAAGCCGUUGUUCAUUCUCAUCGAUAACAUACUGCCACACAUCUAUGAGCUUGUUCUUUCGAUAAACCGCUCACUCCCAUCUUGGAUGCGACUGAUUGUGACGACACGACCUUUGGCACCGUCUGAUCAGCACAAAUUCGAACGUUUCCAUGACUUGGUCCUCAGCGAUUGCAUUGAUGAGCUGGAUCGUUUCAUCGAAGUUCGACUACCACAAUGUAUUCAUAAUGAAGUUUUGGAUGCUUGUGAGGCUUCAUGGUUUUUCGUUGAUCAACUGGCACGAGCUGUCGACGCCGGCAUCAUUCCUCCCGAUCGUAUACCCUGCGGCAUCAAGGACUUGAUGGAUGACCUCUGUCUUGCUCUACCGCAACGAUUACCCAUUUACCUGCUUUUGAUUAAGGCGUCUCGACAACCUCCACCGCUGGCGUUUUUUCUUGCUGUCAGUCAACUGAUAGUUCGAGAGAACAUUCAAAUAGUAGAAAGAGAAGUAGCAGCUCUGAGCAUCAUUCUGAAAACCACAGACCCCCUAACCCUUUCCGGCUCUUGGACGGAUAUCGAAGGGGAUUUAUCUCCUUACCACACUGCUUGGGCUGAGUUUUACAAAACAAAGCGAAGAAAGACUCCACAGGAUGUGGUUGAGAUGGCUUACCAUCUGGCACAUUCGACUGUUCCACCACUGGACUCAAUUCGCACUCUCUCCUCAGUUGGAGCCGGUGAUCUCAUUUUAAAAUGUUCGGUGAUCGACGUGCCCACAUCCAUACUUCUGUCGAAAGCUGGAGCCGUCAUGCAAGAACUCUCUCCUAAUGAUGACUUUAUCUACAUGUGUUCCACCGGUGAUUUGGAAAUGGUCAAAAAGCAGAUGACAUCGCUCACUGAUUUGGAGCUCUCGCUUGGCUUGUUAGCAGCAUCGUCUCGUGGUCAAGUGAAGGUCUGUUCGGCUAUACUUCAAUAUCGCCCACAGAUAGCGAACUCCGUAUGUAACGGGCAAUGGAAUGCUUUGCGAAGUGCUGCCUGUAACAACCACCUGGAAGUGCUCGACCUCCUGCUCAGCCACGGCAGUGGUAUAGACGUGGAUGAAGUUGGUAGCGGUGAACGAACUGCUCUUCGCGGAGCUGCAUGGGCUGGCCAUCGGGCCAUUGUCGAGAGACUGCUGAAAGCCUCUGCCAACGUUGAUCGCAAAGACUCGGAAGAUCGAACUGCACUGAUGGCAGCGGCGUUCAUGGACCACUGGGCGAUUGUGGAUUUAUUGCUUGAUCACGGUGCAAAGAUCUCGGAAACCGACUCAGCUGGAGCCACUGCUUUACAUCUGGCAUUAUCAAAUGGAUCCAAGACCGAAGCUCAUGACAAGACUGUGCAAACGCUCAUAAAAAGAGGAAGUGAUGUGACCAUGGCGGAUGCUCAUGGCCGUUUAUGCAUUCACUUAGCUGCUUACUAUGGUGACAAAAAUCUGAGCUCAUUCAUAGGUUCCACUUGUAUCGAUGUGCAAGACUCACUGGGACGAACUCCAUUGAUGUUGGCUGCAAGUCAGGGUCAAUUAGAGGCUGUGGAUUUGCUGGUGAAGAAUGGAGCCUAUAUCGACUGCAUCGACUCAGAUGGAAGGACGGCUUUUCAGCUAGCAGCAAUUCAUGGGCAUCUACCUGUAGUUGAUGUACUCCUUGCCUUAGGCGCAGAUGAAGCACAUAAGGACAACGAUGGUGCAGUAGCUCUUCAUUACGCCGUAGCUCAUGGUGAUGUCACUCUAUGCCGAGCUUUAGCUACAUCAGUCACCGUCCAUGCUGCUGAUCGUUCGGGCAACCACCCGUUGAUAAAUGCCUGCCAGGGUGAGAGCGAAGAGGUUGUUCGGGAGUUGCUCAGUCUUGGUGCUCCAGUCGAACAGCUUUCUAUAAAUGGUCAAAGUGCGCUACGGGUUGCAGCCUUAUCAGGCAAUGCAAAAAUUGUUAGAGUGCUAGCAGAGCACAUCACUGAUUGGGAGCAACAAGAUAUUGAAGGGACUCCUUUGGUUCACACAUUGCUCAUAAAUAAACAGACAGCUAUGGCCGAGCUACUGCUUACCUUGGGAGCAUUUAGUUCGUCUAGGGAUGCUCAUGGAAGGACCUGUGCGCACGUGGUAUGUGCCAUAAACGACAUGUGCGGUGCAAGAAUGCUCCGGCGAUUGGCUGCCUCGUUCGAAGCAGUUGACUCCGGAGGCAGAACUCCACUUCUGACUACGGUUUGGAAUGGACAUCUAGAAAUGGCCGCUUACCUCCUAGAAACUGUUGGAGUCAACCCAAAUUCAGUUGAUGAACAGGGCGCAUCAGCGCUUUCGGUUGCAGCUCAGCAGGGUAAUCGUGAGAUGGUAGUACUUUUGCUGAGGAUGGGUGCUGAACCUUCGCUAAAAGAUCUGGAUGGAAGAACAGCCCUAGAUGUUGCGACUAUGUAUGGGCAUGAAACGAUCAGAGCCGUAUUACAGUCAGCCAGUGGAUCCGCAGACUCGUCGGGAUUUGGAAGCGUGCCGAACUCUCCGCUCGAUUUCAAGUCUCUAGGAAGAAAAUCUCUUCGAAAGUCGCAAAAGCUCACAGUGACGAGCCCUCGACUCAUCAAGAAAUUCCUAUAACAUUUAGCUCCUUCUCUCUCCGGUCGCUAGUCACGGUAUGAUUCUGUCCCCACAGCACAAAUACUUGGCUGUUAUAGUUCCCAAACUUCUCGAUAUCUACCAUUGGUCUCUAUUUUUUGCAUAUUUUUCGUUGCAAACGGGUGAGUGUAAACCCUUCAUGCUGCAUUGGAGUAUUUCUCCAUUCUCUAU